ACCAUUGGAAGGAAGGUGUGCGUACAAGUUUUUAGUUUGAGCUUGUCAGUCACGGCGGAUUUGAUGUGUCCGCGAGGAAACAUUCCAAGUUGCGUUGAAUGCUGGUACUGCCCCCGGCGAACGGUGCGCUAGACGGUAUGUGGGUUAGUGAUUCUCUCGGUGUAGUUGAAGCUGGUGGAAAACUUCACGUAGCUACAAUGUGGACCACCCGAUGGCACAUGCAGUUUUGUACUCUGCUGGUACUUCCACAUAAAAUACAUUGAACCGUGUCCAAGUUUUGCCGUAUCACGGCACAAUAGAAAUUGAUACGACCGCUUACUGCAUUGUUAAAUUCGCUCUUUGAAACAAGUUCAACAGCAGUUCGUACACGCGCGGCCAUCCAAUGCAGCUGCACAGUUAAGUUUUGUAAACCCUUGCUUAGAGCCAGGAACAAACCAUGGUGUACACUAACUUCGGAUCAUUGCCGUCGCCAAGAGUCAGCGUCAACCGAUAAACCUAAUCCGGCCUGUGUACACAUCGCGGACGCUGUGAUGCAAGUGUGGUCUUCUGGAAUACUAGUAAAAAGUAGUAAGGAAUAUAUAAAUACUCACAUCGUCAGUCGAAAAUUCAGUGGCUGCAUACUUGACACACGAGGAAAACUUUGCGUACCAUCUGUCGACAGAGCUCGAUUGUCAUGGGACACAGUGGGCAUAGACACGGAUACACACGCUUUGGAGAUCAUGAAAUAAAUUGCACGUCAUGUCUCGCCUCUGGAGUAUAUGAAACGGAAAUUUCGUCGAACUGAAGCUGAUACAUGCAUACCACAAUGAGCCAAAACAGAAACCCGAAGAUGCAAAGACCGGCCAGGCGCAGUUUAGGGUACGGGUCGGACACCCGGCCGGAGAGCCCCCUGGCUCGCCCGUCCAGUCCCCACUUAUCCGGCACCCACGGAGUCACCAGCGGGAAACAGGCCUGGUUAUCCCCGGUGACCGACCCCAGUAGCCACCACAGACACGUCCACGCGCCCCGCACGGGAUCCCCUAAACCAACCCGCAAAAUCUCCUCCACGUCGUCAUCAGCGGUACGGCUGAACAAGACCUACCCAUGCGGUCGAUUCUCCGAUAUCGAAUACUCGUCUGGAGAAUCGGAUAGUCGGAGUGGCUACGAUUCCUACGACAACGCUUCACACAACAACGCCAGGCGAGACCGUAGUCCGCGAUACUACCCGACACACGACAACGAUUAUUCGGUCGGCGGGAAUCACAGCCCGGCCAUCGUUUAUCACGAUGAGGAUUACUCGUACGGCGGGAGCCAGACCGGGAGUGGAUACUUCUACGACAGACCGGAUGUGUACCAUUGGAACUCAACACCACCAGUUGACCAGUCUGGUGGACACUCACCCCGUUACAGUACACCAGUGUAUGCGUACAGUGAGGAUCUGGACCGAACAGUCGAUGUGGCAAGAGAAACAAAGAAAGCGGUAAGUGCAAUAACUUGUUAUUACUGA